GGAUUCAUUAUAAUAUCAGUUUAAUUGAAGACAGUAUACACAUGCCACUAUCAAAUGAAUGCUGACUGAGCCCCACUCUAUGAGGGGUAAUUGACAAGUGCUUAUCCCGCCUUAACAAUCCCAUUUAAGACCAAUAAUGCGCUGUUAAUUAAUAUCACUUCAUUUCAGUAUCUCUUCCUUAUCUCAAAUGCAAUAACGCAUAAUAAACCCACCUAACAUGGCUGGCAAAAACUUCACCGUCGCCAUCAUCGGCGGCGGCAUUGGAGGCCUCACUCUCGCCGCUGGCCUUCUCCAACGCAAUGUCUCGGUGCAAAUCUACGAAGCAGCAUCGGAAUUCAAAGAAGUCGGAUUGGGACUUACCAUUGGUCCUGCUGCACACCGCGCAAUGCCGCUCAUCGAUCCCCAAAUCAGACGUAUAUACGAUUCUCUUAUCACGACACACGCAGACAGUCCCGGAUAUGAACGAUUCCGACAGACCUGGUUUGAAGUUGUAUGGGCGACAGGAGAGAAUGCGGGAGACGUGUUGAUGGAUUUGAAAGCGCUACCGUCGGGGCAGACGACGGUGCGACGGGCGGACUUUCUUGAUGCGCUGGUGACGCUGAUUCCGCGCGAGAUUGCGCAUUUCGGGAAGAGAUUGACUAAAUUGGUAGAGGGUGAGAACGGGGUGGACUUGAGCUUUGAAGAUGGGACAUCGGCGAAGGCAGAUGUCGUGGUUGGAUGUGAUGGGAUUAAGUCCAAGGUGAAGGAAUUCAUGAUUCCGGAUGAGUAUCAACAGGUUCUGCCGCGGUAUAGCGGCAUGUAUGGAUAUCGAGCUGUACUGGACAUGGAGACGAUGGUCAAAGCGGUUGGGGAUCAUCGCGCACGAGUGUCGACCAUGUAUGUUGGGAAAGGGGCGUACGGUAUUUCGUACCCCAUUAUGCGUGCGAAGAAAGUCAAUGUGGGUUUGUAUAUCCUCAAAGAUGAGUGGGAAGAUGAGGCCUGGGUUCGUCCAGCUUGCAGGGAUGACAUGAAGCGCGAUUUUGGCGAUAAGGGAGAAUAUAUCAACAGUUUGAUGGAGCACAUGCCAGAUCCCUCGCAAUGGGCCAUUUUCGAACAUCCUCACAUCUCAACGUACGCCCGAUCGCGUAUCGCCAUUUUGGGCGACGCCGCACACGCAUCCACGCCUCACCAGGGCGCUGGAGCUGGCCAAGCCAUUGAAGAUGCACAAGUGCUGGCAGAACUACUGGGCGAUCCCAGAGUGACAGAAGCAGAGCAUGCCAUGGCAGCGUUUGAGGCGUAUGAUGCUGUUCGCCGACCACGGAGUCAGAAGGUCGUGACUACCAGCAAGGAAAAUGCGUAUCUGCUGUGUUUGUGUUUGGAUGGGGUUGGUGACGAUGAGGACAAGUUACGCCAGACAUUUUCCGAGAGACUGCGGUGGCUGUGGGAUAUUGACAUUGAGGAUCAAGCAGAGAGAGCGCGCGGAAUUCUGAUAGAGAAAAUCAAAUAA